CCUAGAGCAGAAAGUGUUCCCACCGGAGUUGCUUACUGGACUAACCUGGCGAUCAUGACCCACAAGCCGUGCAAGGGCCCUCGUCUCGGAGUGCGACAUCUGCAGUCGUUCCUGCUCUUCCUCGGCCUGACCGUGAUGCACAUCGCCCGGCUGAAUGUGAGUGUGGCCAUUGUGGCGAUGACCAAUGCAGCCACCACGAAUCCCAAUUUUCCGGAGUACGAAUGGACGUUGAAGCAAAAGUCGUACAUCCUCUCCAGUUUCUACUGGGGCUACAUCCUGACCCUGUGUCCCGGCAGCUUCCUGUGCCGUCGCUACGGCGCCAAAGUGGUCCUCUUUGUGGCCAGUUGUGGCACUGCCGUCUUCAGUCUGAUGACCCCGUGGUGCAUCACCUGGGGCGGAUGGCAUGUGUUCUGCGCCAUCCGCAUUCUGCAGGGCUUGUUCCAGGGCGUGAUCUUUCCCUGCGUCACGGAGCACCUGGCCAUGUGGUCGCCGCCGGAGGAGAGGAACCGCCUUUGCGCCUUCAGCUACACGGGCACGGAUUGCGGCACUGUGCUGGCCAUGUUCAUAAGUGGCAUGAUUGCCAAGGGCGCAAUGGGCUGGCCGGGCAUAUCCUAUGUGUCCGGAGCCCUCUGCGCCGCCUGGUGCUUCCUCUGGCUGAUCUUCGCCUCCAACAAUGCCACUGAGUCCCGAUUCAUUGGCGAGGCCGAGUGCAAGUACAUCGAAUCCUCGCUGGAGCACAACGAGGACUUCCACGAUCGCACCAUACCCAUUCCGUGGAAGGCGAUCUGGACCUCUGUGCCCUUCCUGGCCCUGCUGGUUACCCGGUGCGCAGAGACCUACGGAUUGAGCACGCUGCAGGCGGAGAUUCCCUCCUACAUGAACGGUGUCCUCAACAUGGAGAUCCAGAGCAACGCCGUCUUCUCAUCGCUGCCCUUCCUGGCCAUGUGGCUGCUCUCCUACGUCUAUCUGAUUGCCGCCGAUGUGCUGCUCAAGAAGAAGAUCCUGUCGCUGACCUCCGUGCGCAAGCUGUUCAACACGCUCUCCUUUUGGAUUCCGGCCGCCGCCCUGAUCGGCAUUGGAUUCCUCAGCGAGGAGAACAAGAAUCUGGCCAUCGUGCUGAUGACCGUCUCGGUGGGCGUGAACAGUGGAGCCACCAUCGGUAGCUCCCUCAACUCCAUCGAUCUGUCGCCCAAUCACGCUGGCAUAUUGAUUGGCUUGAGCAAUACGGUGGCGAACGUUAUACCCAUCCUCACACCACUGAUUGCGGGCGAGAUCGUGGCUGAUAAGCAUAAUCGCGGCCAAUGGCAGAUCGUCUUUGGACUGGCCGCUGUCAUCUUCUUCGUGGGCAAUGUGGUCUUUAUCGUCUGGGGAACGGCCAAGGCGCAGCCCUGGGAUGCGGAUGACUUCCUGCAGCCCAAGGACGCGGAGUCCGCCUGCCAAAAGUCCAAGUCCAGUGCCGCAGAGGUCGCGCCGCCCAUCGAUCCCGUCCUGGAGCAGCAAAUCAGUUGGCCGGAGCGGUAUACGGCCAAAGCCAUCGAGUGAUUUGUGGCGGAAGUGUCCGAGUGUCCGCUGGCCAAGAACAAUUGCUUUUGUUAAUCAGUAUUAACCAUAAGUAGGCUGUAAUUUAUAUUUAUUCUAUUUAUAAGGCGUGAUUGUAGCACGAGGCUUAAGUAAAUUAUUUUCAAUUGAAUCGCAUUGUUGUUACCAAUCGCUUGUGAUUUCGGCACUCGAAUCAAGGAAGAGCCCGAUAGGCCAGCGCAAUCUAAUCAGUUAAUUUAUCUCAUAAAUGUAUAUAAGUACCAUAUUUAUAUUGAAUUGCUGUCCAAUUCUAAUUCUGAGUACUUUGCACUGCCUCACUUUCUCGACGCGGUUCAAAAAACCAUUUGCCACAGCUGUUUGUGAAUGUACAAUA